UUCAAAAUCUUUCAUCUUAUUAGUUGCGAGCAAACAGUCACAACGAGGAGACGUUAAGAAUUGAAUAAAAAAAAUGUCCAGUAAAAUUCUAUAUGGCCUUUUAAUUUCAAUUUGUUUUUUCACUGCACGCUUCACAAAUGGAGCUAACAUAUUAUAUUUGUGUGCAGUUCCAUCACCUAGCCAUCAAAUCUGGAAUAGCGCCUUAGCAGAUGGUUUGGCGGCUCGUGGUCAUAACAUCACUUUCGUUUCGCCCGAUUUACAUAAAAAUCCACCGAAAAAUGUGCAUUAUAUUUAUUUGGAGGGGGUGUACAAUGAGGCUUAUCGAGAAAUCCAACGGAACAUAUUCAAUGUGUCCGAAUUAAUGAAUCCGUUAAUAGAACCGAUUAAUUUCAAUAAUGAGUGGUAUUGGUCAUGCAAAGAUCUUCUUGAAUAAAAAGGGUUUCAAACACUUUUGCAAUAUCCAGACGAUUUUCACGUUGAUUUAGUUAUUUAUGACUUUACGUGCGGUGGUUGUUUGCUUGCAUUUAUGCAUAAGUUUAAAAAUCCGCCAUUGAUAUCCGUCACUGCAUAUGGAAACCCUUCUUUGUUAAAUUCUGUCAUUGGAGCGCAUCAGUAUUACUCGUAUGUGCCUCACUAUUAUCUGCAUUACGAAAAUGACAUGAAUAUCUGGCAGCGCUUAUAUAAUUUUGUCGUUCAUAUCGUUGAGUUAUAUGAUCGUGGUGCGGUUUUUAAUCCAAAACUUGAUAAGCUUAUGAAAGAAAAAUUCGGAUCAAAUUACCCCACCAUAACGGAGUUAGAACAACGUACAGCAAUUGCUUUUGUGAAUACACAUCCAAGCUAUCAAGUUGCGGCACCAUUACCAGAGAAUGUUAUUGCUGUAGGCGGCUUACAUAUUCGAGAGACGAAACCAUUGCCAAAGGACUUGCAAGAUUUUAUUGCAUCAUCGAAUAAAGGGGCCAUUCUUUUUUCACUAGGAACGUUCGUUCGUACGAGUUUGAUGGAUAUUGAAAAACAAAAAAUUAUUUUGGAUGCAUUUGAACAACUACCGGACUAUCAUUUUUUGUGGAAAUUUGAGGAACAAACGAUCGACAUUGAACUACCGAAAAAUGUGAUAAUUCGUCCAUGGUUGCCACAGUCAGACAUUUUGGCGCAUCCAAAAGUCAAGGCCUUCUUUUCACAUUGUGGUCUCCUCAGUACACAAGAGGCGAUUUAUAGAGGAGUUCCAAUUCUCGGAAUUCCAAUUGCUUAUGAUCAAAAGACGAAUUUAUUGAAAUCCAUUCAACUUGGUUUCGCGGAGGGUAUUAAUUUUCAAACAAUGACAACUGAAAUCAUCAAAGAAAAAUUACAACAAAUUCUAGAAGAUCCAAAAUACCUGAUAAAUAUGAAAAAAGUGUCAACGCAAUUCAGAGAUCAAAAAGAGAAACCGAUCGAUAGAGCAAUUUGGUGGACAGAAUGGGUUUUGCGCAAUCCAAAUGCUGAUUUUCUAAAAUCGCCUGUACUUAGACUCGGUUUUAUUAGCGGAAAUUCGUAUGAUGUGAUUGCGAUUAUAACCAUAGUUUUAGCGGCGAUUUCAUUGCUCGUAGCCAAACUUCUGAUUUCAUAUAUUCGACAAGUUGUUUUAAAUUGGAAUCAAACUUAUAAUCACACAAAGUCAGACAUACUGGCACAUCCGAGAAUCAAAGCCUUCAUCCCACAUUCCGGUAACCCGUGCACAAUUUGGAUUGAGCAUUUAUUUGCUAUAUUCAUGUCUUCCAUAGGUUUAUUAAGUACACAUGAAGCGAUUUACAAAGGAGUUCCAACCAUCGGAAUCCCAUUUAGCAGCGAAAGGAAAAGAAAUUUAUUGAAAUGCAUUCGAUUGGGGUUCGCUGAAGAGCUAAACUUUCAAACAAUGACUACAGAAAUUGUCAAGGAAAAGCUAAAACAAGUUCUAAAGAAUUCAAAAUAUUCUGAAAAUGCAAAAAAAAUGUUGGCAAAUGUCAAUGCAGCUAAUAUUUUGAUUUUAAGUGCUUUGCCGUCAUAUUCUCAUCACAAGUGGAAUAGUGUGAUUGGUAGAGCUCUUGGAUCACGAAAUCAUAAUGUAACGAUUCUAUCGCCAUAUUUUGUAAAAAAUCCUCCAAAUGGAGUUCAAUAUUUACAUACGGACAUUCGUCAAAAUGAUUUUGAGGAGUAUAUGAACAAAGCACUCAGAAGAAGAGAAAAAUUGUGUACCAUCAUUGAAUUAUUCAAGUUGGCUGUGUUAACAAGAAAAAUGUGUUUCAGUGUAUUACAAACCGCAGCCUUUCAUCAGCUGUUGGACUAUCCGCAUGAUUCGUUUGAUUUGAUAAUUCAUGAUUUUACGGGUGGACCGUGUUUGAUGCCAUUUUUGCAUAAGUUUAAAAAGGCUCUUUUAGUAGUAGCGACCCCGUUUUCAUAUUCAACACUUUUAAGUAGCAUUAUUGGCGGACAUGAACAUUAUGCAUAUGUUUCUCACACAGUUCUGGCUUACAAUACCACCAUGACAUUUUGGCAACGUUUUAUCAAUUUUUCAGUCCUUUUAGCCGAACAUUUUGUUCGGCAAUAUAUCAUAUUAGAUGAGCUAGAUAUGAUUAUGCCAAAAUAUUUUGGCUCCGAUUUACCUCCAAUCAGCCAAUUGGAGAAACGUGCCAAACUCGCUCUGAUCAAUGCACAUCCGAUUAUUGAUAAUUUGGGACCAAUGUUGCCUACAGUGAUUUCGAUCGCAGGUAUUCACAUCGGUGAAGUGAAUGAUAUGCCAAUGGAUUUGGAAUUAUUUUUAAACUCUUCAAAAAAGGGAGCAGUAUUGUUUUCACUUGGAUCAUGCAUACGCAGCGACAAUGUGCCGAUUGACAAAUUGAGAUUAUUUCUUGAUGUUUUUAGCGAAUUGACCAAUUACAACUUUGUGUGGAAGUUUGAAAGUAAUUUUACGUCUGAGGACCUUCCAAGUAAUGUCCAAAUUCUACCAUGGAUUCCUCAAGCGGACGUCUUGGCUCAUCCGAAACUAAAAGCAUUCAUCACACAUGGAGGCUUACUUAGUUUGUUGGAAUCGAUUCAUCGUGGUGUACCAAUGGUGGUUAUUCCAUUUCUACUGGAUCAAAAUGCGAAUAUGAACAAGAUGAAAAAGCUUCGCAUUGCUGAGAGUCUUGAUUUUUAUUCGUUGUCAUUUAACGGUACCAAAGAAACACUGUUGAAAGUGCUUGAAGAUCCAACGUAUUCGGCAAAUGUGAAGAAAUUAUCAAAUGUUCUCCAUGAUCAAAGUGAAAAGCCGCUUGAUCGAGCUAUUUUUUGGAUUGAAUGGCUCUUACGAUAUCCAAACAUCGAUAACAUGCAAUCACCUGUACAAACGCUUGGCUACAUUGUGGGCAAUUCAUUUGACAUUAUUGCAUUUGUUACGAUUGUUUUCGUAUGUCACAUCAUUAUUUUAAUUGUACUGUUUUAUUUCGGAUGUAAAAAGUGUGCGCGGCGACAUUCCAACAAACAACUUAAAAGUUAUAAUGAAAAGAAAAAGCAAAGCUAAAUAGCAUACAAGCUAAAAAAACAUAUAUAUUUUUAAAGGCAAUUACGGUUCAGAUGAAAAUCAUUUUUUUAUAUAUUGCCUUGGUCAAAGCAAAUCUAGUUUUCAACUUAUGGCAUAACAGU